GUGGAUAUAAAGUAAUGGAUGUAAAGAGAGGACGAGAGGACGUGAGUUCUCUCUCUCCCUUCAGGAGAGGAACGCUCGUGGGAGUGGAGAGAGUUUUUUCAUAAGUUUUCCUCAAGGGAGACUCAACAAAUUAUUCGCAUUCUGACUGAGAAUCCAGUAGUAGCAAGAUCAAGUGUUUGUGUACGACUCUCCACCCCAAGCCCCGCCUCAUGGACAGCGACCCAGCGAGGAGUGACCGUAGAGGUGCCAUGUAUUAUUUCACACCAAGAGGCAUCUUUUUAUUCAUCAUUCUGAUGAUUGGAAGAGGACAUGCGAACCUACCGUGUAAUGAAAGUCAUUGUUUUCUAAAAACCGGGUUGGUUUUCAUGAAAGAAGAUGACAUUCUUAUCACUGGGGAUAAGUGGACCGUUGUUGUUAACAUUCACGUACAAGAAUAUCACUCAGUAAUUUCAUCCGCUAGAGAUGCGAUUCAGAUGUUAGAAAAAGAGGUUGAAAAAGAGGUUACAACAGAAGAUAUGUUAAUGUAUGUUCGUUCAUCGGAAAUUAAUAGAAUUCGACGUAUUGUUGAUCUUCUCAGUAGUGAGAUUGCGUCUUUUGAAUUGAUGUUACCUAAAGACUCGACGGAAUUGAUUGACCGUAGACGAAAGAAGCGCGGAUUAAUCAAUGUAGGGGGAGAUUUAUUGAAAGUAUUAUUCGGAACAUUAAGUGAUGACGAUUUAGUUAGAAUCAAUCAUAAAAUAUCUCAACUCGGGGACCAAUCUCAGACGAUAACCCAUCUUGUGGAGGAUCAAGUAACUGUUGUAAAAACUAUAGAUCAGGAAGUUUGUAACCAUGGAAUAAUUCUUAAUGAGACUCUUGAUUUAUUAGAUGUAAUUUUACAGCAAGGAAGUCAAAUGAAUCGUACUAUUAGAAGUGAAUUAGAAAUUAUUGAACAGGCAUUAGGCCAAACACAUUCUGUGAAUUCUUUAAUGAGAGAAUUGGAAAUAACUUUGUUGCAAGUUCAAAAAGAGCUUCUUGAACUUAGACAGUCACUGGAGGAUACAACUGCUGGUAAACUCAGUUCACUAUUGUUACCACCUCAAAAUUUGUCAGUUAUUUUACAACAAGUUGUGAAUAAAUUGCCAACUGGAUUAUCUCUUUUAACGACAACUGACAUUGAUCAAAUUUACGAAUACUACCAUAUCAUUACAGUACACGCUGCAUCCACCUCUAAUACAAUUAGAUUGUUCCUAGAAAUCCCUCUAAAAUCUCCUAACCGAUAUUUCACCUUAUAUUCCGUAAAACCUCUUCCUUUUCUAGACACUGAAAGCAAUCAAUUUUUCGUCAUCAAAGUGAAAGAAGACUUUUUAGCAGUUUCACACGAUGGACAGCGCCACGUUCCUAUGACACAUAGUGACGUAGGCAAGUGCAGCGGUGAACUAUAUACAUUGUGCCCGCCGAACUUACCAGUGUUAUUGAACUCUAAUAGCUGCGUUUUCCAACUGUUUGUGGGAAACGAGCAGAUGGUACAAAAAUUUUGCGAAAAAUAUUUAGUGUCAGAACAUUUUGAGCCAGUACUAUACAGAAUCCCAGAGACUAAUGAUUGGUUAUACAGUGUUAGUAAGCCAAUCAGAAUUGUUCGCGAAUGUUCGUUAAAUGAACCUCACACGAAGUCUGAAAUCCUUGUGGGUGUUGGUAUCAUGAACAAUGUACAAAACUGUUUCGUCCACUCAGAAAAAUUUAGUCUACUACCUUCAACAACAGGUGUAUCGAAAGUUACGGUGAACCGAACUAAUAUCAUAUUCAGUCCAGUGAUACUAGAUAUAUUCGAUCUAGGAGAAAGAUCGCUCAUUCAUGAACUGUUCAUCAAAGAAAAUCAUUCCGACCUACAUCGAGAACGUUUGUAUGUUCUACGGCAGCGGCUUGCUAUGCCUGCCCCUGGGAUUUCCAUCAAUCAGCUCAUCCAUGAGGCGAGGAAGGUGGAGAGUCAUGGCCGUAAGCUACAAGCUGAGCUUCACAGUGAAGAGUCCAGCUCCGUUGCCAAGUCGGUGGCCGUAGCCUUUGCUGUGACUGCAACCUGCAUCAUAGUAUUUUGCGUAGUGACUGGUGUCACUCGACGCUCCUUCUACAAUUACCUGCUGGCGAGAGGACGUCGUGCCGAUUCCCCAGACGAUGGCCUGCCCCUGAGCGAAGUGACGCUCCCUACACCGACAACAACCGAGGCACCGGUACCAGAGGUGGCGAUCCGCUUUGCCAAGCCUGGCAAGGUUGCCGGCUAGGUGGCAAUCUAAGUGUUCCAGCCUGGAGUGUAUUGUGUAGUGUGUGCUCUUCAUCUGCUUGCUAAUAUUGAACUAUUAAUUUUUUUUAUAUUAUGCUUAUAUUGGACUUAUUUUAUUGGACCCAUAUUUCAGUUAUUAUUGGUGUUUUUCUUAUUAUUGUGUUUGUCUAAUCAUUUUUCUUUGCAUGUUAUUUUCAGCCUAUCUUACUUAUGACAAAAGUGUUAGUGCAAAAAGACAUUCUAUAGACUUUCGUAAAUUGUGCACUAUGAAAGCCUUUUGGACUUUAGUUGUUUUGUUGAAUUUUCUAAAUUGUAACGUUUUCAUUGAUGUAAACAUAAUCACUACUUAACUUUUUUUUUUAUGGAGAUUUGGUUUCUUUGUCAUUGUUUCAUUGCUAUUUUAUUUGAUUGUUUUUAUUCAUUCAUGAUUUUAUUACAUAAAAAAAAAAAUGUCUUUAACGUAACGUUUUAUCUUUUGUAACGUAAUCGUUUAUUGCUUAUUUGCCUUUUGUUCACGUACAUAUUUCGUACUAUGUUUCUUUGUAUUUUUGCUAUUAUUAUUGUAUUGCUAUUAUGAUUAUUUUUGAAACGGCACCUCACCCUGUGUAUUCCACGCAUCAAAAUUCAGAAAUACUUUAGUAAAUUCCGAAACUUUACACAUCAGUUGGUUGGAAUUUGGGUUUGUAAAGUCACUUCAGGUUCGGUCGCAUCCCAUUUUUGGAACCCCUUUGUCUACAUUUGGAUUAGACCCUCUGUCUAGUCUUGUACCUUUAUUAGUACAUUCAUUUUUCUCGUUAGUGUUUUUUCUCUAAAUGUUGAUGUACCAAAUGUCUAGUACCCGAUUCGCUUUUGGUUUAGGGUACUUGACAUUUUUUUUCAUGGGGGGGUGUAAUGUAGUGGAUAUAAAGUAAUGGAUGUAAAGAGAGGACGAGAGGACGUGAGUUCUCUCUCUCCCUUCAGGAGAGGAACGCUCGUGGGAGUGGAGAGAGUUUUUUUCAUAAGUUUUCCUCAAAGGAGACUCAACAAAUUGUUCGCAUUCUGACUGAGAAUCCAGUAGUAGCAAGAUCAAGUGUUGGUGUACGACUCUCCACCCCAAGCCCCGCCUCAUGGACAGCGACCCAGCGAGGAGUGACCGUAGAGGUGCCAUGUAUUAUUUCACACCAAGAGGUAUCGUAAAUAAAU